GAGCGCACCGAGAACAUAAACCCGCCCCACCCAGAGUGCUUUCUCUUGACACGUUCCGUGACACAUACCGUAUAAGUAGGUAUCUCCGAUUCUUCCCAUGGUCUCUAGGAUACGCCAGGGAUGCCAUCGGGGGACCAACAUUGCGCCGAACAACAUCCGUCGUGGCAUUGUGAGUGCUGAUGCCUUAUAGUUCCAAAGUGUACGCUUAUAAAUGUAUUCUACCACCGUCUUGACGUAUGGCUAUGUACUACUAUGCAAGCAAAUUAUCAGCAGUAGCAUGUGGCACUCGUUGCCGACAGGGAUUAACCAGAAGGCAGCGCAAUCGUAACGCAAGUCGCAACCAGCAGCGGGCCAAGAAGGACGACGAUGAAGAUUCCGACGAUAAUAACAAAGAUAAAAAGGCAUUAUCUUCAGUGUUAUACGACACCACGGAUGACACAAUCGUGAUAUCGGUGAAAUCAUCGGAACAAUCAGAAGUAUGCUGUGAAAGCACACCUACAUUCACGCACACGGCACUCGGAACGGGUGGAGUGAUGUACGGAAACGGUAACAUCGUGUCCGGUCCGUUAGAGUCUCUCACCGACCUGCUGAUGCCCACAAACCCAGAAGAGCUAGAUCAGGAAUAUGUUUUCUCCUUCCUGCUGUCGUGCAGAUUUUUCAUCCGAACACAUGAGCUGUUAGGUAAGCUGCUGGAAACGCUACCGGAACCGGAGCCAGUGGACUGUCUCGUACCGCUGCUGGCCAUCUGGACCAAGAUGUUCCCGUACGACUUCCGUGAUGAGCGUAUGAUGAAUCACGUUAAACAUAUCGUAGCUAGAUGCGCAGAUACCACAUUAGCCGAUGUGGUAUCUGAACUACUCUGUGCCUUGUUAGCUCGGCUAACUGAACUCGAAAAACACGAAGAGGAACUCAAAAGCUAUCAAUCAACUGUUGACAAUAAGACUGAAUCAAUAAAAUGGCCAAACGCUUCGCAAUUAGCACAAGUUUUAUGCAGAAUCGAGCGCAAUCUAGCGAAACACGUAGGGCCGGAGGAGUUCGUCCAGUGCAAUGCCAAUCUACUGAAGGAUCCCAAUCGGGAGGAUUUUACGCCCAAGCUAACUGGUUCAUGUGGUCCAACUGGUGGAGCUUCGCUGGACGGCAAGAAAACGUGCAAUCUGGAGAGUUAUCUCGAAUGGUCUGCCCGGUUGAGGUUGCUCGUGGCAAGCGAAAUUUUGAAGUGCCAAAACAUACAGGACCGCAACAACACGGUGGAGCUGUGGAGCGGCGCGGCGCAGUACUGCCUCCUGGUGGGGAACUACAACAGUGCCACCGCCAUCCUGGAAUCGCUAGAUAUGCCACCUAUUGCUAGAUUACAAAUCACGUGGAGUAAGCUUUCCACAACGACGAGUCAACAAUUGGACUGUAUGCAGCGUCACGCGGAAGGUUGCGGAAAUUUAUGGAGCAAACAAACGGAGACCGGCAGCGGCGCCGAGGAUAAAAAGCGAAAACCAUCGUCGACAUCGGCCGCAUCAUCCGUCUCCAAGUCAAAGUCCAACGAGUGGGUAGUCGUUCCGGUUUUUGUCGACAUCGUCAAGCUAGCUCUGAAAUCCAGAGAGGAUUGCUGUGUAAGGCUCCCAAAUGGUCACAUAAAUAUGGCAGCGUUCAACCGGCUGGCCGCUAUCGCCGGUGCGUUCACGAAACACAUGUGCCAAGUCAAUCAAACAUUGCCGGACGUAGGAGAGUUUGUGAUUCUCUGCCGACACAUGCAAUCGUGCAAAUUGCAGAACGAGUCAGAACUUAUGAUGGCGUCGUUCAGCUGCGAAGAGCCUACAAUAGCUGAGAAGGAACUCUAUGAUGUUACAUAGCACCAAUGUAGCCCCCACCACUACUACUACCACUACUACAACCACUGCUGCUGCUGUUGGAUUGGCCUGAUGGCGAUCGAGCCCAUAAUGGACAAUUAUUUGCAUACGCAGAUGGAGAAUGCUACUCCCAAAACCAAUAACACUGCAGAUGGCAUCCUAGGAAUUUGUCCUCUGGUUGUGACGGCAGCAAUUCUACUGAACUUGUUGACCCUACUUAGUGCACGCCACCACCAGCAUUGGCCGGAAUGCCUCCGAGCAAAAAUUGAUUGGAGGAGCAAUUUUAAUAUCCCAAUAUUAUAAUACCAGCAGAGUAGGAAGCAACUUCCCGAUGAAACCCUACAAUGAUGACAACAACAACGGUAGGAACGAAGGAGAGAAAGAAAAUAAAUCAACACUAGACAUUUUUAUGCUGUAAUAAAUUCAAUGAAAUGUAUGUGAUUAGCUUACAACAAUAAUAUAAACUAGGUAAAUCAAACGAUGUUUCCUGUGGCGGAAAUUGAAUUUCCUUGUCGAAGUGAUUGAAACGAAUAUUAGAAUCAAUUUUCCUAUCCUCCCAGGGCACAUGGUAAAAUAUUGAUUUAUUUCUCCUAUUGUUUUGGUUUUAAAAUGUAUCCUAUUGUUCUAGGAAAACUUCAACGACCAGUGUAAAUAGUGCAUAUUAGUAG